AUUCUAUUUCAACUUCUCAUCAAUGGACUCAAUUAAACACAUCUUGGUGGAGCAGGUCAACCUGAACAUCAUGUUCUUCAAGCUCAUGUACGAGCUCUUAUCUGACUUCACCAUCGACCAUUGGGUGGCUCUUUUGGCCAGUAGUCUUUUGAUGGGCCUAAUCAUUGCCAGCUCCGAAAAUGUUUCUUCCAGAAUAGUUCUAUAUGGUAAAAACUAUGCCAACCAGCCAAAUAAUCCCCUGUACAUUCCCCAAAAUAUCUGGGAGAGAGUGUUUGUCAGAGUGCACAAAAUCACCGUUCCAAAGAAGUAUUUCCUCCAUUUCUAUGUCUUCUUUGCUUUGCUUAUGGUAAUUAACGCCUUUGUGGAAUGGAAUUUCAACACUAACGCUUUUCCUCAAGUCAAUGACUUCUUUGCCAGCUUCUACGAACGAUUCUACACCAACUAUCUUACCUCGGAACAAAACUAUAAAAAUUUGUAUGUGAUCUCCAACUUGCUCAUGAUCCAGUCUUUCAGACGGUUAUACGAAUGCUUAUUUGUGUCUCAGUUUUCCGACGUUUCCAUGAACAUUCUCCACUACGUGUUUGGGUUGCUGUACUACUGGAUGGUUGCCUCCGUUAACUUUGGGGGCAUUUUACCCUACUACAUCUAUGGUCAAUCCAACAACUACAAAGUCGAGUUGGACAUGUCUGACUGGCUUUUUAUCGGAGUGUUUUUGACUUAUCUGAUGGACCAAUUCCAAAACCACCAACACUUGGCCAAGCUUGUCAAGUACACAAUUCCGUCGUUCCGUCUCUUUGAAUACUGUGCAUCUCCACACUAUCUUGAUGAAAUCAUUUUGUAUUCAUGUAUAAUGAGGUUUUAUUUGUGCUGUAAAGACAUCAGGUGGAUACAAGUGGACUUUGUGUUGAUUUGGUGCUUAGUGGUAUUAAACCUUUCUAAUAGUUCCAGUCAGACGUACAAGUACUACCAGGACAAGUUCAAGGAGAAGUUCAAAAUUCCCUAUAAAUUAGUUCCAUUUGUGUGGUGAUUUGACCCAUGCACCCGUAUGUACGCUCAUAUUAUAUAUAAUGGCCUCAGAUAUCAUCAGACCCAGACACCCAUAGUACUAUCCCCAUCUGGACCCAGGAUCUGCUGUCUAUUUUUGGCAGU